CUCCAACCUAAGAAUCACAAUUCACAAACAUGAAAAAUAUUGAAGAUGUUGCUUUUAUUUUUGUUAUGUCAGUAAUUUCAGUAUCCAUCGUCAUUCUUCUUAUUAUUCUAAUCAUCCUUUGCAGAAAGAAACCAGUUCAAUCCCAAGAAACGCUUCCUGCCAAAUUCUGUGCGCCGGCGUACCAAUUAACCGAUAUAGAUGCAGCCACGGACGGCUUUAACCACCAGAGGAUCAUCGGAAAAGGCCGCUUGGGAACAGUCUACGCAGCGGUUCUGAAGGGAGAGCUGGCAGCGGUGAAAAGGAUUCAUCCGCGGCUUGUUUUGAGCAAUGCUGGAUUCGGGUUUUCUUCGGUGAUCAAAACGCUGUCGUUGGUCCAACACCCGCAUGUGGUGCCCAUCCUAGGGUUUGCUCAAGCUCCGGGGGAGAGAUUUAUAGUGAUGGAGUUUGACGGGAUGGUGAGUUUGGAUCUCUAUUUACACGAAAGCUCCGACGUGGUAUCGCUGUUGGACUGGAACCGGCGGUUCAGGGUGGCGGCAGGGGUGGCCAGAGGACUUCAUUAUUUACAUGAAGCUGUGGCACCAAAUAUUGUACAUGGGUGUGUUAAGGCUUCAAAUAUUUUAUUAGAUGUCAAAUUUUGUGCAAAGUUAUGUGAUUAUGGGUUAUCUUUUUUGUUACCCCAAGAGAAGGGAGGGCUAGUGGGGUAUGUCGAUGACGAAUAUUGGGUUGGAAGCGGUGUUGGUAGCGGCGGCGGUGGCGGCGGUGCUAGUAAGGAAAGUGAUGUAUAUGGAUUUGGGGUGGUUUUGUUGGAGCUAUUGAGUGGGAGGAGAAGUGGAGGAGGGUGGCUUAUGAAAUGGGCAUUGCCUUUGAUCAAGGAAAUGAGGUUUAAUGAAGUUUUGGACCCUAGACUGGUAAUUCCUGGUGACAUUAAGCCUCUUGUUAGAUUGGCCAAAGUUGCCUCAGCUUGUGUUGGUAAUAAUAGAAAGGAUAGACCUUCGAUUUCUCAAGUAUCGACAAUUUUGAACAAUUUGGAGAUUGAGGUAUGCCUUUGAUCAAUUCAUAAUUAUAUUGAAUUUCUUCUACAAAAAGACAAGGUAGAUGCCUAGAUUUUCCAGUUUUGGCAUCAGUUUUGAAUGUAUAAUGUAUUCAGUUCUUUGGGUCAAAAAUAGAAGGCGGGUCACAGCUGCGAAACAAUUCUGUCUUCUUUGGAAGAUUAGAUAUUUAGAAUACCUUCGGCUUUGGCCUAUUGUAGACCUGUUUAGGAAGAAAACUAUUCUAUUUCUAUAUGUUGUAUCAUAAAAUUAUACAAUUCCU